CCAUUUCAGCACAACUAAACUGGGCCUCCUGUCGCGCAAAGGCGAUUUGCAGUGUUUGCACAGCAGCUGCCCAGAGCCGUCAAAGUCACCAGCUAUUGCAUUGGCUGCUCUGCUUUGGGAAAGGCGGAGGGUCCGGCGGCAAAGGUUUCCAACAUGUCUGAAGUCUACUGCAUGGACAACAGGUCAGGGCACUGGGUUGUGCCCAAGUCCGGGGACCUGAUUGAAAUUUCCCGUUUGGGAUACCAGCACUGGGCUGUCUAUGUGGGAUCUGGUUACGUGAUCCACUUGGCUUCCUCAGGCGACUUCAAAGAAGCCAGCACAAACAGCCUCCUGUCUGUCAUGACGGAAAAAGCCAUGGUGAAGAAGGAACGGCUCAGGGACAUCGUUCGGGGCGACAACUAUUGCAUCAACAACAAAUACGAUGAGAAAUGCUACCCGCUUCCCGCCAACAAAAUUGUCCAGGAGGCGGAAGCGCUCUUGGGAAAGGAAAUGCACUAUAGCGUGACCAGCAAUAACUGCGAACACUUUGUCACCAGGCUCCGCUAUGGCACGGCUAGGAGCGACCAGGUGAGAGAUGCUGUGAUUGUUGGCACCGUUGGACUGGUUGGUGUCGGGGCGAUGGUUGUUUUGGCAGGCCUGAUAGGCAGCAUGUUGUCGCCCAAGAAUCAGACAAAGAAAUAGUUGUGUCAAAUUCCCAUCUCAGAAUGGGGUUUCCCCCAUUUUCAGAAGCCUUCUCUGACUCGAACUUAGCCUCUUUCCUAUAUUUUCAAUGUGAGCAAUUAACAAUGCAAUGUCA